GUGCCUUGGCAGCAGUCGGACGGCGCUUCCCCGCAGGUCGGUGAGCUGCGCUCAGCUCGGGAGCCGUCCAGGGCGCCGCGGCUCCUUCCCCACCCCGGAGCUACGCAGGACCCUCCCGGAGCGGUAACAGAGGACGCCUCUCCCGCCGGCUCUCUGCAGGAAGGCACCACCGGGGCCGAGCCCCAGGCGGCCCCCUCGCCCGGCCCGGCUCCUCACCAUGCUGGACGGGCUGAAGAUGGAGGAGAGUUUGCAGAGCGCCCUGGACCCCGGCACCCCUUUCUCCUCCCUGCUGGGCAGAGCCGCGACCCCCAGGUCUGUGUGCGAGGGGUGCCAGCGAGUUAUCUCGGAUCGGUUCCUCCUGCGCCUCAACGACAGCCUGUGGCACGAGCAGUGCGUCCAGUGCGCCUCCUGCAAGGAGCCCCUGCAGACCACCUGCUUCUAUCGCGACAAGAAGCUCUACUGCAAGUUGGACUAUGAGAAGCUCUUCGCAGUGAAGUGCGCCGGGUGCCUGGAGGCCAUCGCGCCCAGUGAGCUGGUGAUGCGCGCCCAGAAGAGCGUCUACCACCUGCGCUGCUUCUGCUGCUGCGUCUGUGAGCGGCGCCUGCAGAAGGGUGACGAGUUUGUGCUGAAGGAGGGGCAGCUCCUCUGUAAGGGCGACUACGAAAAGGAGCGGGAGCUGCUGAGCUUGGUGAGCCCGGCUCUGUCGGAUUCUGGCAAAAGUGACGAUGAGGACAGCAUCUGCAAACUAGGGCAAGCAUCAGGGAAGGGCGCUGAGGACGGGAAGGAUCACAAGCGGCCCAAGAGACCCCGGACGAUCCUGACCACACAGCAGCGGAGGGCGUUCAAGGCAUCGUUUGAAGUCUCCUCCAAGCCCUGCAGGAAGGUGCGGGAGACACUGGCAGCUGAGACAGGACUGAGUGUCCGUGUGGUGCAGGUCUGGUUCCAGAACCAGCGAGCAAAGAUGAAGAAGCUUGCCAGAAGGCAGCAGCAGCAGCAGCAGGAUCAGCAAAACACACAGCGGCUGAGCACAGGUACCCCCCUCACAGCCUGCUCUCCCAGCUCCCCCCUGGGCUUCCCAACGGGGCUGGAACCCCCAGCAGGCAGCAGCCCCACUGCACUGAUGGCUUGCUUUUAUCUUCCAGCCCAGACAAACAGCACCGGCAAUACGGGGCUAGAAGGGAUGCUGAACCCCUACACCACUCUGCCCCCACCCCAGCAGCUCCUGAGCAUGGAGCAAAGUGUCUACAGCUCCGACCCCUUCCGGCAAGGGCUCACCCCACCACAGAUGCCCGGAGACCAUAUGCACCCUUAUGGUGCAGAGCCCCUCUUCCAUGACUUGGAUAGCGAUGAUACCUCACUGAGCAACCUGGGCGACUGCUUCCUCGCUACGGCAGACGCAGGGCCACUCCAAGCGCGGGUGGGGAACCCCAUCGACCACCUCUACUCCAUGCAGAACUCCUACUUCACCUCCUGAGCUCAGCGUGGUCCCUGGCACGGGGCUGCCACCGACACUGUGCUGCCCCAGGAGGGUCUGUGGAACCCUCGGGUUUGGGAGGGAGGGGAAAGCGACACUGUUGGG